AUGUGGAGCAGACCAAGGGAGAGUUUUGUAAAAACAAACUGGGAUGCAGUUGUUGAUAAAGAGGGAAAAAAGGUAGGCCUCAGAGUAGUAAUUAGAAAUGAGGAAGGUGAAAUUAUGGCUGCUGUUGGUGAACAUAGAAGUCUUGUAUCUGAUCCUACAGCAGCAAAAGGUUAUGCACUAAGGAAAGCUAUGGAAUUUUGUAAAGAUCUUAAUUUCAGCAGAGUUGUUUUUGAAGGUGAUGCUCAAGUCAUUGUGAAUGUUGUCAAUGAAGAAGAAAAAUAUUUGUCCAUAUAUGGAUUUGUCAUUGAAGAUGCUAAGAAACUGUUAAAGGGAAUAAGUCAAUGGAGUGUCAAGUUUGUUUAUAGAAAUGCUAAUGAAGCAGCACAUUGCCUAGCUAAAGAAGCCUUAUCUUUGUUUUCUGAAAAUGUUUGGAUAGAAGAGGUUCCAGCUUGUAUUGAGAGUAUACUGUUUAAGGAAAAACAUUGUAAUACUGGUUCAGAUCAAUGA